AGCCUCCACUACCCACCUUUUCUUCCUCUCUCUCUCUCUCUCUCUCUCCCAACUGCUUUUUCUGCUCCUACAAAGAAUCUCUCUCCUUCUCUCUGCCCGUUGUAAUAGAUAGAUAAAGAAACAGAAGCAAAGCAUCUUUAUUUCCUUCAUUCAGACCCAUAAACGUGUUGAAUUCAGAGCCACCAUUUCCCUUACCUAUCUCUGUCUGUAUCUGACUUACUAAGAUUUUUUUAUUUCCUUCUCUUGGCUCAUUUUUUCUUAUACUCAUUUUCACACCCAGCAAAUUAAACACAUCAUUUUAUGUAUAUUCUGCUUUGUUUUGUUCCUCGACUAAAAUGACCAAAGCCUUUGAUCCCACCUCAAAACUCUUGCUUCUUGAGAUGGGUUUUCUUGCCACUUGAUUCUACAUACUUAUACCUUCUCUCUUUUUUUUCUCAAUAUGGGUAUCAAAUAUUUGUGCUUGAUGAUGAUGGUUCUUGGCUUUUGCUUCCAAUCCCAGCUUCUGAGUGCUCAGAACCUGACAUGCCACCCAAAUGAUCGGAGCGCCUUGGUGGAUUUCAUGAAUGGUUUAAAGUCAGUAAUUGAAGGGUGGGACACCAAUUCUUCUUCUGAUUGCUGUACUUGGCCAGGCAUCAAUUGCAGCUCUUCAAUCUCCCUCGGUUUGAGCACUUCUUCUGGCAAUUACGAAAGAGUAGUCGUGUUGAAUCUUUUCAAGAAAAAAAUAAGUGGCAAACUUUCUGAAUCAUUAGGCAAAUUGGAUCAGCUCAGAACACUCAAUCUUUCCCACAAUUUGCUCCAAGACUCGCUUCCUCAAUCACUGUUCAGUUUGCAAAAAUUAGAGUUCUUAGACUUGAGCUCUAAUGACUUUUCAGGUUCAAUUCCGGAAGCCAUUAAUUUGACUUCAAUCAACACCAUUGACAUGUCCCAGAACGUCUUGAAUGGUUCUAUCCCUGGUGAUAUUUGUAUAAACUCAAAGAGAAUUCUGAUUCUGAACCUUGCUGUAAACUACUUGUCUGGUGAUCUUUCAGCACUUGCCAAUUGUAGCUCCUUGCACCACCUUUAUCUGGGCGCCAAUGAUUUCACAGGUGGUAUACCUGAUAAUAUAUUUCAGCUACAUAGUUUGGAGAGUUUGAGUCUUCAAGAUAACAACUUUUCCGGGCCACUGAGCAAAGAAAUCGGUAAACUUCAAAACCUUUCUCGUUUGGAUUUAUCAGCUAAUGGGUUUUUAGGAAGUAUCCCAGAUGUUUUUUAUAGCUUUCGAUAUUUGAAGUAUUUUGCAGCCCAUUCAAAUAACUUCACUGGUCAAAUACCAGAGUCCUUGUCCAAUUCACCCUCUCUCAUUUUGCUUAAUUUGAGGAACAAUUCAUUGGGUGGUAAAAUUGAGCUUAAUUGUUCAACAAUGCUUAGUCUGAACUCUCUUGAUUUAGGUUCUAAUCGGUUUUCCGGGCCUGUGCCUGAUAAUCUUCCCAAUUGUCAUAAUUUGGAAACCUUGAAUCUUGCUCGGAACAACUUGAGUGGCCAAAUCCCAGAAACCUUCGACAAGUUUCAGAGUCUCUCGUAUCUGUCACUAUCAAAUUCCAGUAUCUCUAAUCUUACUUCUGCCCUUAAAAUCCUACAGCAAUGCCAGAACCUAACAACUUUGGUCCUUACCCUCAACUUCCAUGGUGAGGAAUUGCCUGCUGACCUUUCCCUGCAUUUUAAAAGCCUUAAAGUUCUCGUUGUUGCAAAUUGUAGACUUACUGGUGUUAUACCACAAUGGUUGAGCCGUUCUAACGAAUUGGAGGUAUUGGAUUUAUCGUGGAACUGUUUGAAUGGAGCUAUUCCGGAGUGGUUUGGCAACUUUACGAGUCUUUUUUACCUGGACCUAUCUAACAAUUCAUUUACAGGGGAGAUCCCGAAAAGCUUAACUGGUUUAGUAAGCCUCAUCUCCAGGAACAUCUCAUUGGUGGAUCCUUCCCCUGAUUUCCCAUUUUUUAUGAAAAAGAAUGUGAGUGCAAGAGGAUUGCAGUAUAAGCAAGUUUUGAGCUUCCCACCAACACUGGAACUAAGUCACAACAAUCUCACUGGGAAAAUCUGGCCAGAGUUUGGGAACUUGAAAAAGCUCCAUGUUUUGAAUUUGCAGUUUAACAGUUUAUCAGGACAGAUUCCAAGCGAUUUAUCUGGGAUGACAAGCUUAGAGGCUCUGGAUUUGUCCUAUAACAAUCUUACAGGGACGAUACCACCUUCAUUACAAAGUCUCAGCUUUUGUUCCAAGUUUAAUGUUGCAUACAAUCAUCUAAGUGGGGACAUACCUUUAGGAGGUCAGUUUCGGACAUUCCCAAAUUCAAGCUUCGAAGGUAAUAAUCUUUGUGAUGCCCCUUGUCAACAAUUAAGGGGUGUUCCUCAUCCUCCUCCAUCACACAACAAAUCAGGAAGAAAUGUAGGAAGUAUCAUUGGAAUGAGCAUUGGGAUUGUAUUUGGAACAGCUUUUCUUCUUAUCAUCAUGUUCAUGAUCGUGAUUAGGGCAUAUAGCCGAAGAGAGGUUGAUCCCGAGAAAGAGGAGGCUGUCACUGAUGGUAAAGAUUUGGAAGAACUUGGGUCAAAAUCAGUGGUUUUGUUCCGAAACAAAGAAAGCAGUAAAGAGCUGUCCCUUGAUGACCUUCUGAAAUCUACCAACAAUUUUGACCAAGCAAAUAUCAUUGGCUGUGGGGGUUUUGGUCUGGUUUACAGAGCCACCCUCCCUGAUGGUAAGAAGGUUGCAAUCAAACGUCUCUCUGGUGACUGUGGUCAGAUGGACAGAGAAUUCCGUGCAGAAGUGGAAGCCCUCUCAAGAGCUCAGCAUCCAAAUCUUGUCCAUCUUCAAGGGUAUUGCAUGUACAAGAAUGACAGGCUCUUAAUAUAUUCUUACAUGGAAAACAGUAGCUUGGAUUAUUGGUUGCAUGAAAAACUUGAUGGUCCAUCCUCCUUAGAUUGGGAUACGAGGCUCCAAAUUGCUCAAGGAGCAGCAAGGGGGCUUGCUUAUUUGCACCAAUCAUGCGAGCCCCAUAUCCUCCACAGAGAUAUUAAGUCAAGUAACAUUCUUUUAAAUGAGAAUUUUGAAGCCCACUUAGCUGAUUUUGGUCUUGCAAGGCUUCUACUCAGUCCCUAUGAUACUCAUGUGACAACUGAUCUUGUAGGGACAUUAGGCUACAUCCCUCCUGAAUAUGGCCAAGCCUCUGUUGCGAGUUACAAGGGAGACGUGUAUAGUUUUGGGGUGGUUCUUUUGGAACUUCUAACUGGAAAGAGGCCCAUGGACAUGUGCAAGCCGAAAGGAUUCCGGGAUUUAAUUUCUUGGGUGUUUGAGAUGAAGAAGGAGAAUCGGGAAAGUGAGGUGUUUGAUCCAUUCGUAUAUGACAAGCAGAAUGAUAAGGAAAUGUUGCGGAUGCUCGAGAUUGCAUGUCUUUGCUUAAGCGAAAGCCCUAAAGUGAGGCCUUCAACUCAGCAGCUAGUUUCUUGGCUGGACAACAUUGAUAUCAACAUCUAGUUUUCUUAUGUAACCAAGCGACACUCUGGUUGUACAGCUUGAGAUAUACUGCCGUACCUAUUUUUGAAGAAGUUCCAUGUCCAACCAUAUAAAUUGUUGUUUUUCUAUUCUAAACAGUGAUCUUGUUGUAAAUAUUCACCCGCAUAUUUGGGUUCUCAAUACCAUUUCCUUUCUGCAACACGGAGGAGAGGUGUCUGAUUAAAGCAACAAAAUAUAUUAAGUCUUUUUAUUCAGAUGUAGUUUCUUGCUUCCAAUUGUAAGAGAAAAUAUCGGCUUUCAAACAUGCAUAAAUAACAUUUCUGAAAAUUUUCUC